AUGUCGUACCCUCCCCCUCCAGGCACGAGCUCGCUUCCCGCGCGACCACCGCCCAGCCAAGGCGGCUUCAAGCCGGCAUUCACGCCCUCGAGCGUGCAAAAGCACCAAAAGACCGCUGCGCCCACCACGUACACGUCGUACCCGCACCGAGCCGCCCCCGGCGCGCCGCCAUCGUUCCAGUAUGGCGCAUCAUCAUCUUCAUACGGCGCCGCAGCGCAGGCAGCACCCAGCGUGAGUGCGACGCCCUACUCGUACGGCCCUUCGCAGACGAGCGGCGGCGCUUCCUCCAGCUACGGCACGCAACCAUACAAUCAACAGUCCUACGGCCAGCAGCAAUCCUACGACUACGCCGCCAGCGCCGCGCCACAGAUUAGAAAUCCGUUUCCCCAACCCGGCACCGCUGCCGCGUCCACGUCCGCCGCCGCCGCCGCUGGAGGGGGCAGCGUCCCUGAGUACGACGCCGAGAUGGCCGCGCAGAUUGCGCAGUGGCAAAGCGCCUAUCUCCCGCGCGACCCCGACGCCAAAGACGCCAAAGGCAACCCGAUCGAGCCUUCGCAGCCGGCGGCUGCGGCGACGCGGCCCGUCGUUCCUGAAAUGUCCGUCGCGCAGGCCAACCCCGACAAGACGGUCGUCCGGCACGGCGGCGGCAAGAAGUGGACCGACGAGUCCCUCCUCGAGUGGGAUCCCUCGCAUCUUCGCCUCUUUGUCGGCAACCUCGGCGGCGAGACGACCGACGACGCGCUCCUCAAGGCCUUUUCGCGAUGGGGCUCGGUCCAAAAGGCGCGCGUCAUCCGCGACAAGCGCACCAGCAAGUCCAAGGGCUACGGCUUUGUCAGCUUCAGCGACGCCGAUGAUUUUUUCCAGGCCGCCAAGGAAAUGAACAACAAGUACAUCCAGAAUCGUCCCGUUGUGGUGCGCAAGGCGAAUACGGAAAUCAAAGUUACCAGUGUCAAGGACAAGAACCGCAACGGCAAGAACAGGAACAAGAGCGGGUCCGGUGGUGGACACGGCCAAAACGGGCACGACGCACACUUGGGUCCCAAGUCGGCUGCUGGCGUCGUAAAGCCUGGUCAAAAGACCAAGAACGGGCUUCGACUUCUCGGAUGA